AUGAAUGAUUAUAAAGAAAAAAAGGAAGACAGCCAAACUAACUCAUUAGCAAGUAUUAGCAAUGUAUGUGAUGAGGAAGACGAAAUUUUUGCAAAAAUUUCGAAUGUUGCCAAUAAAAUCCAAGAGAUUGCUAAUUUGCAAACACAACUAGAGGAAAAUUCCGAUAACCAAUCAUUUUGUGAGAAAAUUCAUAACGAAUUAAUGUAUAUUUCUUCAAUAUUGAAGGGUUUAUGGGAAGAUUUACAAUCAAUUUUCUCAAAAGAUCUUAUUACUAGCUAUAAUGAAGAGAAAAAGUUAGAGCUAGCCCAAUUUCUAAUAGAUUUAAUACUAAAUUCUGACUCUGAGAAUAGAUUGAAUGCAUUAAUUUGUAUUUCAUGCCUGCUUCAACAAAAAUCAACUUUUGCAAAAAUAUUUAUUGAUCUAAAUAUCGUUGAUGGGUAUAUCCAUUUCAUUUCCAAUGAAGAUAUUUCAUCACAAGAAUUUUCCAUUUUAUUGCAUUCAUUAGCAGUUUUGAUAUCAUUUUCUAAGAAAAUAUACACAGAUUUUAUUGUAGGAAAUCUCCCAAUAACAUAUUUUCAUGAAAGAACUUUAGAUUUUACAGAUGAGAUAUCAUUUAAGAGCUUGGUUUAUUAUUCAUCAGUUAUAUCAUCAUACGAGACAGAUCCAUCUCAAAUUCUAGAAAUAUUAGAUAUAUUUUCUACUGCAAUUCGAUUGAAUAUUACAGAAACAUUCGGAGACAUCAUUUCUCACUUGCCGCAAAUGAUUAGGACAUGGCCAGAUAAUUUAGAUUUGAAUAUAUUAAUGGAUUAUAACAUAUAUUUUUUAAUUUCAGUGAUAAUAGACGGAAAUCUCAAUAUUCCAAACAUUAGUUCACAAAUACUAUAUGCAUUGGAUUCAGUUUAUUAUUUGCUAUCAAGAGAUAUUAUUCCUGAGUUUGAUUGGCUAGAAAUUAAAGAUUUUAUUUACAAUAUCAAUCAAGACCAUAGAAGGUCAGCUUUGAAUGUUCUUUGGAUGUUAUGCACUAAAAGUCCAAAAAUAGUAUUAGAUAUAAUUCCUGUGGAAGAAUUUCCAGAAAUUUUUCAAAUCCUAUCAAAUGAUUGCCCAUCAUUGACCAAAAGUGUUUUUUCUCUGUUUGUAUAUAACUAUUUAUUAAUAAUAUCUCCUCAGCAAAUCGCUAAUUUAGUUCUUGAAAUUGAAGACUUUCUUUCUUUUUUUGUAGACUCAUUAGGAUCAAAGAAUGAAAUAAUAUCUAUACUAAACAUCAUAAUGAUGGUGCUCGAAUCAUAUGAUUCGCUUCCAAUCGAUCAAAGAGCAGCAUUUUUAGAUAUUGUUAGAUCAUGUGAUAACUGGGAUGAAUUGGAAGAACUGUUAGAGAGUGAAACCGAAAUGGUUGCUCAACUUGCACAAAAUCUUAAUUCUAAAUUCCAUGAAUUUAUUGAUUGA